CAAACUUACAAACACAUUGAAGUUUGGCUUUGCUCUGGGCGCUGCUCUGUUUCCAAACUCAAUCUUUCAAAUUUCAGUGAACUUCUAUAUGUUUUGACGUUUCAUUAAUAUGAUUUUAAACAACAAGGGCUUCAUAUGGACGAUUUCCCUUUAGGACUGGUGUGUGUGUGUCAACUCCACCCCGUGUCGAGUGUGAUUUCUCCAUCAUUAGCAAAAGCACAAGUCUCUCUUUACGCUGCUUACAAUCCUCAAGACACGACAAGGCCCCACUGAUGGAGCGCGCGUGUGUCGCCUCCUCUAUUUGCGUAGCGGAGGCUCCACCUUUCAAGCAUUGCAGUGACCUCAGCAGUGGGCUGAAUUGAGCUGGGUGGGAUUUUCAGGCUCGUAUUCCCGAUCGCGUAUCCAAGGAUCACGAUUUAACGGUGUAUGUGACGGAGCGAAUAAGCGUUUAGCCGGCUCGCGCUGAACGGUGCAGGAUUUGUGUUUGUGUUUGCGUGCAUCUAACGAUAGGGAUCCAAUAAACGAGGAAUGUGGGAUUUACAGAAUGCCCAACAGCGUUGGAAAAAGAUUUAAACCCACCAAAUACAUCCCGGUGUCCACUGCCGCCACUCUUCUGGUGGGAUCCACUACUUUAUUCUUCGUUUUCACGUGUCCGUGGUUAACCAAGGCCAUCUCCCCUGUUGUGCCUCUAUACAAUGGCAUCAUCUUCCUCUUUGUGUUGGCCAACUUCAGCUUGGCCACCUUCAUGGACCCUGGAGUUUUUCCCAGAGCGGAUGAGGACGAAGACAAGGACGAUGACUUCCGAGCUCCGCUAUAUAAAAACGUGGAGAUAAAGGGAAUUCAGGUGCGGAUGAAGUGGUGUGCCACGUGCCACUUCUACAGACCUCCGCGCUGCUCACACUGCAGUGUGUGUGACAACUGUGUGGAGGAGUUUGACCAUCACUGCCCAUGGGUGAACAACUGCAUUGGCCGGAGGAAUUAUCGCUAUUUCUUCUUGUUCCUGCUGUCUCUAAGUGUUCACAUGGUGGGCGUAUUUUCCUUUGGCCUGCUGUUCGUGUUACACCACCUUGAGACGCUGAGUGCACUCCACUCAACUGUGACUCUUGUGGUAAUGUGUGUGACUGGCCUGUUCUUUAUCCCUGUUAUGGGCCUCACUGGGUUUCACAUGGUUCUUGUAGCCAGAGGACGGACCACAAAUGAACAGGUGACAGGAAAGUUCAGAGGAGGAGUGAAUCCAUUCACUCGGGGUUGCUGUGGCAACGUGAAACACGUCUUAUGCAGUCCGCUUGCUCCUAGGUAUAUUUCUGAUCCCAGGAAGAAAAUUCCCAUCGCUUUGAAACCACCAUUCCUCCGCCCUGACCUCUCUAACCGGCACGUCACUGUAAAAGUCAGUGAUAAUGGUAUCCAUAGUAACAUCCUACGAAGCAAAUCUAAGACCAGUCUGGAUGGUGUGGAUGAUAAAAGUAUGGAUAAACAGCCACCUCUGCCGCCAAAAGCGGAUCGCUACAACCAGCUCAAGAGUCAACUCACCUCCAGCGAAGAGAGUUCCCUGUCCAGCAAACCCACCAAUCCAUCCACCCCUGCCAUGUACAAAUACCGACCUUCCUUCGGCACCAUGCCUAAAGUUCACUAUCACGCAACUGGAGAGAAGAUUGUAAUGUCUGAGAACGGUAAGCCCUCUGCAGUUUUGGAGGAGCGAGGUCACGAUUACCGUUCGGAGCCGAAUCUUGAUCUGCCAGACUACCGCAGCACUCCUCUCCACCGAACGUACCAGUCCUCUCCUUUCCAGCUGGACUCUUUCAGCACGACGUCUCGCUCCUUCAGUCUCAAACAAGGAGUGAACAGGGCCGACCGUGUGCCACUGGGUGGCAGCAAACCAGAUACAGUCACUUCCACCCCUCACAAAGGAGUCUUCUCUCCUGGGACGUUAUCCGGUCGCAACGGCAGCCUGUCCUACGAUAGCUUGCUAACCCCCAGCAUAACACCAUCUCUGGGCGAAUGUGCUGCCCACCCGGGAGUGCCCUCUAUGGGUUUUCAUUCACCCUACUUGCCCACUAAAAUGUGCCACGUACGAGGGCCUGAGCUUCAACGACACGCCGGUCCGCCGGCCUACAGCCCUGUGCACGUAGGAGCGAUGUACGGGCGGCAGUCACCACACCCGAGAGAUCGAGAGCGAGAUCCCUCGCCCGUCCGCUACGACAACCUUUCCAAAACCAUCAUGGCCUCCAUCCAGGAGAGGAAGGAGUUUGAGGAGAGGGAGAAACUCAUGCUUCGGCACACUCAAGCACCGGUGGCCUACGCCAACGAUUCGGGUGUGUUUGACACCUGCAGUGGAGCCGCCUAUGGACUCCCACCUGGGACGUGCUACCCUGAAGGCCCUAGAGGCCCCGGAUCCCGAGAGCCCACCCCUCCUGUGUGCAGCUCUCGGGAUGGGAACUUGAUGGGAUACGCUCCCCGAACCCCUGUUCUGCGUUCCUCUGCAUCCUCGCUUACCAGAGCACCGAGGACUUCUACUACAUCCCUCCACACAGAUGGAGGCAGUACAGGCAGGAUAGCCGAACACCAAUAUCGCUCACCGGUGCACCAAUCGCAUCACUCCCCAACAGCAGUGCCCCGUUCCCCAUCAUACGCGCAUCAGAAGGUUGCCUUCAUUAGCGCCCUGGAGAGGGCGGACUCACCACGUCUGGGUACAAGAGAGGACCUCGGUCCAGGUAAAGUCAACGGGCAACUAAAGGGCCAAGCACGUGACUGCCAUCUAGGGACUCCUUCUGGAACUCCCAGCAGACACACCAAUGUCAAAAAGGUCACAGGAGUGGGUGGAACUACAUAUGAGAUUUCUGUUUGACGGACAGCUGAAAGAGCCACUGCCUGUGAGGAAAAGCACUGCCAUGGCAACAACACCUCCACCUGUGCUCAAGAGAACAAGUUUCUCUUUCUUUUCACAGUUUUAUGAAAUAAUACUCAAAUUAACCGAUCAGGAGACUCGCAGUAUCUGGGGCAGGUCUUUUGGGAGAAGAUUUUGCAUUGGCCUUCUCUUUGCUAAAGAGACUUUCCAUGUGACUCGUGUAAAAUAUAACAGGAGCUGCUUAAUCAAAAAAGCAUUGUAUGUUUUUUAAAGUGUCAGCCGUCAGAGGAUAUAAAUCUCACACACAACAGAAAAUACUGGCUUAAUUGUUAAAAUGGAAUAAAAAAAAAAAAAAUCUAUAUAUACCAUUAAGGGCUGAAUAUGUAUGUGUCAGUUCAGUUGUUUGUAUAUAAAAGGUCAAAGGUCACUUAUUGAAUGCAAAUGUGCUCAGUAUGCUGAUCUUUCAUGCACUUGAAUGUGAGUGUAUAUGUACAUGCCAGUAACUCCAUUACUACUAUAUUUUUUGUCAUUUUACUGAUCUAAUAAUCAGGGUUUCAUUUCAAAUGCAUUUCUCUGUUAAGCAAUCAGGUUCCAAACAAACCAUAACAGCACUUGGGUAAUUUAAAAACCUACACAGAAGUUUUAUUUUUCAAAUAUGGUGGUCAUUUACACUUUUCUAAUGUAAAACUAUAAGCUACCAUAGAAAUAAAUAUAUACUUGUAUAUGUAAUAUAAAAAAAGAAAGAAAAGAAAAUGAAAAAAAAAAGUUUCAUAUGUUGGAUACUGGUUGUUAUCACCAGUGUUAACUUUAUUUCAACCUUUGUUUUUCUUUAUAAAAAGUAUUUUGUAGUGGACGAAAUAUGAAUAUGUAAACAGAAACACACCACUGUGUAUUAGCUGUACUGGCCAGAUGUUAAAGCCAUAUUCUACCAUGUUUUACAGUAACGAUCUUCGUCUUACAACAUACAUUUGAAAAAUACUCUUUCCUUUAUUACAUAAAGGACUUAUGGAGUUAAAGAUGAAUUAACCCGUUGUACUGAAAUUAAGAUCUGCAAAAUCCAAGUUGUUUUAUUGCUUUCCCAUUUCCCUUUACCUGUAAUAGAUAAGAAAAUCAUGAUGAUUAUUCAUGGCUACAUCCCAAAUAUUUUUCAUUUCUUUUAUUUUUAUAACUUUUGUGUUUUUUAAAACCCAACUUUCAAUGGUUUGGUAUAUUUCACUUUUUAUACAGAUAUUCAAAUGGGUGUUUGUAUUUUUUUGAGUGGAUUUUUCUUCUUUUUCUGCAUAUUUUAUAAUUUAUUUGUACAAAUUAGUUAAUACGCAUUGCCAUUUUGAUUAGUUGAAAGUAGCACUUUCUGUCAAGAUUUUUUUUUUCAAUGAACAAAUGUUGAAAGAGAAUUAAAAUGCUAUUAUAGGAUGUCUUAGGAAAUGUUCUUCAAGAAAGUUACAUGUAGUUAAGAUGCUUGUUUCUGAAUGCUGGAUCCAUUUGAGAGUUUUUAAAUCAUAAUGACAAAUGACAUAUGGUCUUUAUACCCUGUCAUUCAAAAGUUUAGGGUCAGUAUUUUUUUUUUUUUUUUAAUCAAGGACAUUAAAUUGAUCAAAAGUGACAGUAAAGACUUGCGUUGUUACAGAAAACCAAAUCAACAUAGAAUGAUUCAUGUGACACUGAAGACUGCAGUAACAGAUGUUUAGCCAUGUCAGAAUUACCGUAAUUAGGAGAUUGUAUGACUUAUAAAAAGCAAUCACGUCCUCGUAGAAUUCGGAAUUACAACUUGUAAACUGGGAAUUUUCUGAGAGCUACGACUUGUACCAUGUGCCCACUGUACCACCUGACUGCUGUAGAUUCAUAUUGUCGUUGAUAGUGUUGCCUUAAAAACUCAUAAUUCCGAGGACGUGAACAACUCCGAGUAGAACGUCAUCUCGCAAUUACGGUAAAAACAUGGCAUGAACGCAGCAAAUUAUUGCUGAAAAUUCAGCUUUGACAUAAUGUUUCAUAAUAUUACUGUUUUUGCUGUAUUUUUGAUCAAAUAAAGGCAGCCUUGGUUAGCAUAAGUGAUUUCUAUCAGAAACAUUCAAAAAUCUUACCAACCCCAAACUGUUGACCGGUAGCGUAUUGUAAAGUAAAUAUCUUCAUAUGUCCCUUUCAAAUCAUUCAGUUCUGGAAUACCCAACAUACCUUUGUGAUAAAUGUUGGCUAAGGAAGUUUAAUUCAGAAAACCUCAGCCUUACCUUCCCUUCUCACUUUCAAGAGUAGUUGUAGUCACUUUUGAUUCUACAGCAAGGGCAAAAAGAACAAAAGAAACUAAAACGAGUGUAUUGUGCAGGCAUCUGUAUUACUUAGACAAAUGCUCACAUUUAAAAUGAGGGAAUUUAUUAACUUAGCAUAACAACCCUUAAAAUUAGUUGAAAUAAGGGUUAUUAGCUAAUUUUGAGCCAGUUAUGUCAUAUAGUUAUGGACUAUAACAACUUCUCUUGUUUACCCUGCUUGGUUCAUUUCCCCCUCAUCUUAUGGAAAUUUGAAUUUUUAACAUUUUAAGAGAGACAGCUUGAAAGUGAAAGAGAAACAGGUCUUGGAAAUUGUCACUGGUGCAAGACAUGCUGAUAUAUAUAUAUAUAUAUAUAUAUAUAUAAUAUUAUUAUUUUUAUUUUUUUUUAAGUGAAGUGAAAUUACAUUUUUCUCAAGAAAUUAAAUGGGCAACACAGAGAAAGUGGCAAAUUCCUACCUACCUGUUGAAAACUUCACUGUGGCCUGUUCAUGAUUAAAGACCUAACAAUUUUAUAAGUAUCAUUUUGUAGUGAAGUGUUGAUUAGGUUAUUGACAUCUCUGACAGGGUGAUCUUACAGAUGUCUUGCUGACUGAAAAUGCACCGUACUUGGAGUUCACUGCUGCUCAUCAGAUGACUAUCCAAGGAACUCAUAGUGAUUUCCUCACAGAUCUGCCUUAGGGGUCUGACAGAUUACAGACACUCAAGCACCGAUAUAGUACAAACAUCAUUUCGGUGCCUGUGAAAAGAGUCAUAAUCCCAGUCAAACAGCUCCUUGAAAUUGUAAAUUACUCAUAUGGUCAUGGAAAGGCCUUUACAGUUUGCCAGGCUCCAUUUCUGUGAAUGUUUCACUGUGUUUGGUCAUGUCAUCAUCUCUGUCCUUCACUGCCGCUGUCUGGCACAGCGUCACCUUCUGCUUAAAUGAAAUAAGUUGUACAGUUAAAGAAAAAGAACAACUAUGGGACUUUUUUCGUGAUGAAGUAUUUCAUUGAGAUGAAAUGAAGACAUUAUAGUUUCAUAUCAAGGUACAUCUAUUAUUUUUGUUCAUCAAGAAAAAAAAAAGCUGAAUAAAUAUAACUUGAACAGUCA